AUGAUGGAUAAAGAUAUUAUAAAUAGGGGUUUCCCUGGUACAGAUAACGGGAGACCCAUUAGAUUGAUAAAUAUAUUAAGGGAGAGAUUUAAUAUACCAAGAUUUAAGAAUACACCAGUUCUGACUGAUGAGCCUCAAAAUUGGAGAGCGAACUUCGGUGGAGCUGAUCCAGCGACGCCAUACGCAGAAGCAAUGAUUAACUACCACAACCACGCCUUCACAUAUAUGUUUUUUCCCAUAUGGUGGUACAGCAGCAGAUUCGUGGCCUGUGACACAUUUUUAGAAACAAGAUGUGUCAGAGCACUAUUGACAAAAUGGAAGUUUGUCUUAUGUCACACACCAAGGGUAAAAUGA